ACUGCCUGCCUCCAUCCCUCUGAGGUGAUGCUGCGCUCCGAUCAGAGCCUUUGCUUUGCAGCGUCUUACUGUUUAGAACAAUCGGGGGUGCUUGAUUGACUUCAGCACGUCACAGAAACCCGGAGGGGAGGACAAGGGGAGGCAGACAGGACAGAGGGGAGGAGACACUUCUUCACACGGAGAGCAGGGAGGGGAUGGAACCUUUUGCGCAGCGAUUCGAUCCAGCCUAAAUGAUUAAUUGCGUUUCGAAUCAAUAACAGAACCAGCCAAGACUGAGCUGAAAUCAAAAAUUGUGCAAUGGCCGCGGUGGGUCAGCUGGUUUCAGUGUCACUUGUGCGGUCUGUAGUUCCCCGGUUCAGCAGCAGCACGGUCCCGUCUCCCCUCCAGCAGUGACGGGGUUAAGCGCCGCUGCCUCUGGGAGCUAAUUAAUAAUUCAAUGUCAGAAGCCUUGCAUAAAUCGCUCUCGUUGAGCACUGUGUGCGUUCACUGAGCAUCCACUGACAGCUGAGGAGUGAAGCAGGCAACCCCAGCUGCAUAUUAAACACUGCAGAGAGCAGCAGAGACCAGCCUCCCCUCUCUCUCUCAUCAGCAACCUAACACAAGCCAACGAUAGCUGCAGGCAGUGCCUGGAAUCCUCUCUGGUCCCGGUUUUGUUUUUCUAUUGGAAAGGGGGUGAAGAUGCAGAGCCAGGGUUUUGGGAAGGGGUGGCAGUGGGGGUCGUGGUGCGCCCUCUGUCUGCUUUGCCUAGCGGCCUCCGUAGGGGGAAGGAAGCCUCCCAAAGUACCCCGCUGUCCCGUCAGCUGCUCCUGCACCAAAGACAGCGCCUUCUGCGUCGACUCCACGGCUAUCCCCAGGAGCUUCCCACCGGGCAUCAUAUCUCUGACUCUGGUAAAUGCUGCCUUCACUGAAAUCCCAGAGCGAGCCUUCUCUCAUCUCCACCUGCUUCAGUUCCUGCUGCUCAACUCAAACACCUUCUCCCAGAUUGCGGACGAUGCCUUCAACGGAGUCCCCCAUCUGCAGUACCUAUUCAUCGAGAACAACGACAUCCAGUCCCUGUCGAAGCGCUCCUUCCGAGGGCUGAAGUCCCUGACUCAUCUAUCCCUGGCGAAUAACAACCUGAAACAUCUUCCCAGAGACAUCUUCAAACACCUGGACAUGCUGACCGACCUGGACCUGAGAGGGAACUCUCUGAGCUGCGACUGCAAGGUGAAGUGGCUGGUGGACUGGCUGGGAAAGACCAACACCUCAGUGCCGGCCAUCUACUGUGCCAGCCCCCCUGAGCUCCAGGGCAGGAAGCUGGCCGACCUCAGUGCCCACGAUUUCAACUGCAUCACCACGGAGUUUGUUGUCUACGAGACCUUCCCGUUCCACUCUGUCUCUGUGGAGUCUUUUGAGUUUGCAGGAGACCUCUUCGUGGCGUUCGCCCAGCCUGGCACAGGGAACUGCAGCCUGUACGUGUGGGACCACGUGGAGAUGGUCUUCAGGAAGUUCAACAACAUCAGCUCGAGCUCAGCUGUGUACUGCAAGCCUGUGGUGAUUGAAGAUUCUCUCUACAUGGUGUUGGCUCAGCUUUUCGGGGGCUCACACAUCUACAGGUGGGAUGGCGACACGAAUAAGUUCAUCAAGAUCCAGGACAUCGACACAGCGCGCAUCCGCAAGCCCAACGCCGUGGAGGCCUUCCGCGUGGAAGGAGAGUGGUUCUUCGUGGUGGCGGACAGCUCCAAAGCCGGCUCCACCAGCAUGUACCGCUGGAACAGCAACGGCUUCUAUUCCCACCAGUCCCUGCACCCCUGGCACCGAGACACCCACGUCGAGUUCCUAGAGAUGGAGGGCAAGCCCAGGCUCAUCCUGUCUAGCAGCUCCCAGCCCCCGGUGGUCUACCAGUGGAACCGCAGCCAGAGGCAGUUCACCUUCCUCUACGAGAUCCCUGGCACCAGCGAUGUCCAGAUGGUCAAGCACUUCGUGGUGCGGAAGGACGUCUACCUGUGCUUGACCCGCUUCAUUGGGGACUCCAAGGUGCUGCGCUGGGAGGGCCAGCGCUUCGUGGAGAUCCAGACCCUCCCUUCCAGGGGCUCCAUGGUGGUCUACCCCUUCUCUGUUGGCCCGCGACACUACCUCGUCCUAGGCAGCGAUUUCUCUUUCUCCAGGGUCUACCUCUGGGAUGCCCUGACUAAGAGAUUCGAACCCUUCCAGGAGCUGAACUUGAGAGCCCCCCGUGGCUUCAGUUUCGUCUCCAUCGACAACAAGGACAUCCUGCUGGCCUCCAGCUUCAAGGGCCACACCCUUGCUUACCAACAUCUCGUGGUGGACCUGAGCGCCUGAAGGAGGUUCAGAAACCAGACGCGCAAGGAGGUGGUCCAGGACUAGGGGGCGCUCUUGUGCUUCAGAGCAGACAUGUCUGUGAGAUUUCCAGUACUGCAGCAAUAGCUCACUAAGAUGAAUCUGUUCACCUCCCUGUAUUUGUAACAGAGAAAUUGACGAGGCCGUAGUAAAUGAUCGGGUGGGGGUAGGCUGUAAUCCAGCUCAUGUGUGCUCCCAAUAACAGAACACGGGAAUAGGAAACCCACAAUAUCUUUUAAUGGUGGCCGAAACAGUUUACGAGAAGGAUGCAUGUUUACUAUUUCAACAAGCUUAUUAUACCUUUUGAUCAUUCAUAUAUUACAGAGGAAGCAAUUAAACUAGUGCAAUAGUAAUUGGCGAUAAUUCUUAGCAUUUUGUGUUUUGUUUCAGUUCACCCUGUUGGCUGUGUAUUACUCUAGUAGGUGCCUGACUAAUAAAGAUAUAUUGUAACCAUGUGACUGGGCUGUUGGAAUGUGUUAUUCACUUGAACUAUAUUGAGCAGCUCAGUUAACUUUAGGGCUGUUCUGAAAAUUAUGAAUUUAACUGAAGGGAAAGAAAAACAGAAUACGACUAUAUAUCACACUUGAUAAUGACUGGAAACGUGGGGCUGAAGCAUGGGCUUUAUGUUAUAUAAAGGAAACAGCGUUUGAACUGAACACCAGUUUCUGAGAAGAAUAACACAAUGCAGCAGUGUAAACUAGCACCCCCACCUCAUAGUACAUGAAUAGAGCAGUCACAUUAUGCGUUUUCCUUCAAAUUCUUCUGCCUUUGUCUUCGCCCUUGCUUGUGAAUAGAGCCCUGCAAGAUUAUAGCAGGGCAUAGCGCUGUAUUACAAAGAACUGCACCCAGCCCACGAUGUUAGAGGCUACUUGAGUGCAUUCAUGAAAGGCUUCACUUUAUUGGUUUAGUGGUCUGUAGAGGUGUAAUGAACUAAGACAUUUUUGGCAUAAUAA